GCAGAGCAAGCGUUACAAAAGAAGCUCGUGGAGUCCGGGGAGGAGGCUGUACGCACCAACGAGCACGAGCGGCAGGGCAAGCUCGUCGACGCCGCGAACUCCCCGCAGCUGUCCUCCGCCAUCGCCGCCAACGCGGUGCAGGCCGGCGCCCCAGCGGCCGCGGGGGGUGCUGCUGUCGUGCCAGCAGCGGCGGCCCCGCCGGGCGUGCCGAGUCCAUUCCAGCCGUCACCGCCGUCGGUCGCCGUGCCGCCCGGCGCGCGGACGGCCGCCGAGAGCGCCUGCAUCGUCGCGGAGGGUGGCCACGUGUUCGGGCUGGCGAGUGGCGCGAUGGAGGAGACCAAGGAGGGGAUCAACGAGCAGUGGUCGAACGGCAGGGUCCCCAGAGGCGUGGACCGCAUAGUCAAGGACGCGGGCCAAGGCGAAUGCCCCCCGAGGCCCAGGGAGAAGCUGAUAGACGCGCUCUUCGAGCUCGUCAAGAACAUGGCCCGAAUCGCUUUCGCCCCACUCGAGCACGCCAUCCGCACUGUCAUCUUCAUCGUGAAAGUGCUCUACUUUGUUGUUGCUCUUAGCAUUGCGUUCUAUAUUGGCUAUCGCUAUGGACAUUGGGAUGCAAAGUUGGAGCUAUACAUCACUGCACGUGAUUUCGUCAUUGAGAAUGUUGGUUCCGUGCUGCUUUCUUACUUCACUGGAGGGGCAGUGCCCGUAGGAGCCGUGGACAUGGCCGCAGUCAAUAUACUUGGAGCAUCCUGGGUCGAAGCAUCAGGAGGCCGCAUGUUGCAGGCCAUCGGAUAUGGACCCAGGGCGGCCUCGUGA